AGACCUCCCCCUUCUCUCCGAAUCCUGAGAGUCUGGGGGAGCGUCGGGGGUCGUGGUCCUCAGCUGUUACCCUCCCCCUCCUAAUCUUGCAUCUGCGCCUGAAGGAGCACCCUGGGCCCGGGCGGGGGGCUCACAACCCCUCCUCACCCCGCACCCGACGUGAAAGCCCGGUGUCUGUGUCCUCGGAGGGGCUCGGGGCUCCAAGGUGGGACUCCAUCUGUUAACGGCUCACUCUUCAUCCCACCCCCAGUCCGGGGGCCGCGCCGCCGCCGAAGCCCAGAGAGCUUUGCCCUGGGGUGGGGACUUUGUGGGGGUCUCAGGCGAAUCCAGUCUACCCAGCAUCUCUGGCCACUUCAGUGGAACUUGGCCCGCCGCUGGGAGGUGGAAAAGGAGAGGAAACGCCGACCUUGCUUCCAAGGUGACCCCAGGGUCGGUUUGCAGCCGGGCGAGCCCCCACCGCCCCCGCUCCGGCCGCGGGCGAUGGAAGGGGAAGGGCGGGGCGACCCCGAGGGCUGGAGCUGCCCGCUUCUGGGAGGGCGAGAAACAACGGACCGCCGGCUCUUCCCGGGCCCUCACCCUGGGCCUCGCCGCGCACCUGCAGGACGGGACCGUGUGCGGCCUGGGGGGACCACCGCCGGGGAGCGCGCAGGACGUGCGGGCGCGGGCCGAGCGCGGGGUGGCCGAGGGGAAGGCAGUGAGUGUGCGCGCGCGUGUGCGUGUGCCAAUACGCGUGAGUGUGUGUGCACGCACGCGCCGCUGAGGAGAGACCGGUGCGUACCCACCCACCCAGACCUGCGCCCCCUGGACAUCCUGGCAGAGGCAGUCCCUCCGGACAGCGCUGCAGGCGGAGUCAGGGUGACUCGGGUUCAAGGUGUGCGAGGACUCCAGCUCUCGGCCGCCAGCCCCCACGCCAUGAGCUUCCCUGCGUCGAGGAUUUUCGUCAGAUGCGACCUCUUCCCUGAAGAAUUUUCCAUCGUCGUCACCUUGAAAGUUCCCAAUCUUCCCCCAAAGAAGAACGAGUACCUGCUCGCGGUGGUGGCAGAGGACCGGGAUGCGCUGCUGCUCGGCCUGCGCUACUCGCCCACCCAGCUGCACUUCCUGUUCCUCCGCGAGGACUCGGCCGGCGCCUGGCAGACCCGCGUGUCUUUCCGCAGUCCGACACUGAUGGACAGCCAGUGGCACACGCUGGUCUUGGCCGUGUCUGAAGGAUCCUUUUCCCUCACCACGGACUGCGGCCUCCCCGUGGACAUAGUGGCUGACGUGCCCUUCCCGGCCACCCUAUCCAUGCAAGGAGCCCGGUUCUUCAUCGGCAGCCGGAGGAGGACCAAAGGCCUGUUCACGGGCCUGCUGAGGCAGCUGGUCCUGCUGCCUGGCUCGGAUGCCACACCCAGGCUGUGCCCCUGCAGGAACGCCGAGUUCGCCUUGCUGUCCAUCCCCCGCAUCCUGCGGGGUUUCACAGGGAAGCCAGAAGAGAAUGAGGUGCUAAGAUAUCCCUAUGAAACCGACAUGAAGGUGACACUGGGAUCCCGACCUCCAUGUACCAAAUUGGAGGAUGCCCAGUUCUGGUUUGACGCCAGCAGGAGGGGGCUGUACUUGUGCGUGGGCAGCGAGUGGGUCUCUGUGUUAGCAGCCGAAGAAAAACUGGACUAUGUGGAAGAGCAUCAGAGCCUGUUCACCAACUCGGAGACACUGGGCAUCGAGGUCUUUGUCAUCCCUGAGGCCGGGCUCUUUGUAGCAACUGCCAAUCGGAAGACCACCUCUGCCAUCUACAAAUGGACCGACGGGAAGUUCGCCUCGUACCAGAACAUCCGCACGCACCAAGCUCAGUCCUGGAGACAUUUCACCAUCGGGAAAAGGAUCUUCCUGGCCGUGGCCAACUUUGAACCGAAUGAAAAGGGUCAGGAGUUCUCCGUCAUUUACAAAUGGAGCCAGAGAAAACUGAGGUUCACGCCGUACCAGAGGGUCCCCACCCACAGCGCCCGCGACUGGGAGGCCUUCCAGGUGGCUGGGGAGCACUUCCUUGCUGUGGCCAACCAUAGGGAAGGUGACAACCACAACAUCAACAGCGUCAUCUACAAGUGGAACCCAAGGACCCGCCUCUUCGAGACCAACCAGACCAUCGCCACCUCUGGCGCCUACGACUGGGAGUUCUUCACUGUGGGGCCCUACUCCUUCCUGGCGGUCGCCAAUGCCUUCAACGGCACAUCCACCAAGGUGCUCUCCCACCUGUACGUCUGGCUCGUCGGCUCCUUCCAGCUCUUUCAGUCUUUCCAGACAUUUGGCGCCGCGGACUGGGAGGUCUUCCGCAUCGGGGAGAGGACCUUUCUGGCUGUGGCCAACAGCCACAGCUACGACGUGGAAAUGCAGGUGCAGAACGACUCCUACGUCAUCAACUCCGUCAUCUACGAGCUGAACGUCAGCGCCCAGGCCUUCGUCAAGUUCCAGGAGGUCCUCACCUGCAGCGCCCUGGACUGGGAGUUCUUCUCGGUGGGAGAGGACUAUUUCCUAGUGGUUGCAAACUCCUUCGAUGGGAAAACCUUCUCGGUCAACAGUAUUAUUUACAGGUGGCAGGGAUACGAAGGCUUCGUGGCCAUGCACAGCCUCCCAACCUUCGGCUGCAGGGACUGGGAAGCCUUCCGCACCGCAGCCGGCGCCUACCUCAUCUACUCCAGCGCCAAGGAGCCCCUCUCCCGGGUCCUGAGGCUGAGGACGGGGUGAUGGCCCCGGGGCCCCCAGGAACAGGACCUGCCUGGCCGCACCCCAGAACCCUGCCAAGGAACCCUGGAACCUCCAGGGGGACGAGCCCAGGCAGCAUGGCUUCCACUGCAUCCUCCCUGGCCCUUAUGCAGUCGGAGACAUCCAUCACCUCUCCGCCCUGGGAACCGUGGUGGCCGGACCCCGUGGCUGGUGGACGGUCAGGCGGAAGACCAGAGCCGCCCCUGCUCAUCUGGGUGCCCCACAGGGAUUUCCCUUCAAAGGAAAAGUUCACACAAAGUUUUACCUCAAAAGCAGCGGGGCCUAUGUCACCUUCCCCGUUGGCGAGCCCAGACUCGGGACAGGCUUGCCGCUGUUUUCCAUGUUCGUACCAGCUAUUUAUUGUAUUCUGUCUCUAUGGAAAUAUAUUUAUGAUGCUCUUUACAGAAA